AUGGACGAGCACCUGAGCCUUCUGCGCUCGCCGGCCGCCCCGUCUUCCUGCAAGCAUUCGAGGGGCGGCAGCAGCAGCAGCAGCAGCGUCGGCGGCGUCGUGGGAAGCAGCCACCAUAACCUGGGCUACAGCGAGCAGCUCUUCCCCGAAGGCACGCUUUCCGCCCCCGAGGAAGGGCAGGAAGAAGAGGAGGACGGCGACGGGGACGAGGAGGAAGACGAGGACGGGGAGCUGGAGGGUGGCAUGACUGUAGUGGCUGGAGAGGACCCUCUGAUCGAUGAAACCCAACAUCCCCAUGCCCUGCUGGGAGGGGAGCGCUAUGACCACCCUCUUGCCCAUACCCUGCCUCCCCACAGUCAUCACCAAGUGGGCACCGGUGGAGAGGAGCACGAGUGUUGUGAGAGGGUCGUGAUCAACAUCUCAGGGCUGCGCUUUGAGACCCAACUCAAGACACUGGCCCAAUUCCCAGAGACACUGCUGGGUGAUCCCCGCAAGAGGAUGCGCUACUUCGACCCUCUUCGCAACGAGUACUUCUUUGACCGCAAUCGGCCCAGCUUUGAUGCCAUCCUUUACUAUUACCAAUCUGGAGGCCGUAUCCGCCGCCCCGUUAAUGUGCCCAUUGAUAUCUUUUCAGAAGAAAUACGUUUCUAUCAGUUAGGUGAAGAGGCCAUGGAAAAAUUUCGAGAAGAUGAAGGUUUCAUCCGUGAGGAGCAGAGACCUCUGCCUGAGAAGGAGUUUCAGCGCCAGGUGUGGCUCCUUUUUGAGUACCCAGAGAGUUCCGGACCAGCUCGGGGCAUUGCUAUUGUGUCUGUUUUAGUCAUCCUCAUCUCCAUUGUCAUAUUUUGUCUAGAAACCUUACCUGAGUUCAGAGAUGACCGUGACUAUGAUAGUGCUGCAGGAACAUUUGGGACUGGGAGUAGUCCUUUUGUGACUGAUGUUUUCACCAAUAUUUCUUCCCCAGCUACAUCUAUGGUAUCAUCCUUCACUGACCCUUUUUUUGUGGUGGAGACUUUGUGCAUUAUCUGGUUCUCUUUUGAGCUGCUUGUCCGCUUUUUUGCUUGUCCCAGCAAGCCCACCUUCUCUAAGAACAUUAUGAACAUAAUUGACAUUGUGGCCAUUAUACCUUACUUCAUCACCUUGGGCACUGAACUGGCUGAGAGGCAGGGGAAUGGACAGCAAGCAAUGUCUCUGGCUAUUCUCAGAGUCAUCCGGCUAGUAAGAGUCUUCCGUAUCUUCAAGCUCUCUCGGCACUCCAAAGGGCUGCAGAUCUUGGGGCAAACUCUGAAGGCCAGUAUGAGGGAACUGGGCUUGCUCAUUUUUUUCCUUUUCAUCGGUGUUAUCCUCUUUUCUAGUGCUGUCUAUUUUGCAGAAGCUGAUGAUCCCACUUCAAGUUUUAGCAGUAUCCCUGAUGCCUUUUGGUGGGCUGUGGUAACCAUGACCACUGUGGGUUAUGGUGACAUGCAUCCCGUCACUAUUGGAGGCAAAAUAGUAGGAUCUCUCUGUGCCAUCGCUGGUGUGCUAACUAUUGCCUUGCCUGUUCCAGUCAUUGUCUCCAACUUCAACUACUUUUACCACCGGGAAACAGAAGGGGAAGAACAAGCUCAGUACAUGCACGUAGGAAGCUGCCAGCAUCUCUCCUCCACUGAGGAGCUGAAGAAAGCUCGUAGUAAUUCCACUCUCAGCAAGUCGGAGUACAUGGUGAUAGAAGAGGGAGGCAUCAGCAACAGUGCAUUCAAACAGGCUGCUUUUAAAACAAACAACUGCUCUGGCACAAACAAUCCCAACUGCGUGACUAUUAAAAAAAUCUUUACGGAUGUUUAA